ACAGCCGUAGAAGGAAUGACACAAAAAGCUGAGGCCGUUAUCUUCCUGCGUACACUUUAAGUAGACACACUUUCUUUCUUUCUCCGUCAAAGUCUCACCGCCUUUCCUUUCCUGCUUUCGUUACGGAACUGAAUACUUAGUUUGAUGGCGUCAAUUUCAGCAACUGGAUUUCUGCCCCAAUCCCUUACCUUAUCCUCUGCAACUGCAAGAGCUUCUACUAGGAGACCAAUAGCAUGCCUUUCUGUGCAACUCCAGCAGCAGCAGCCACCAUCUCAGCGGAUCCAGCGAAGGAAAAUUAUGGUAAUUGGAGCGGUUGGAUUAGUCGCUCCUGCUCUCUAUAAUUCUUCCAACGGAGAAAUUGAGAUGGCAAUGGCUGCCUCUUCUGGAUUUACUGAUAUGCCAGCACUUAGGGGAAAGGAUUAUGGGAAGACCAAAAUGCGGUAUCCAGAUUACACUGAAACAGUAUCAGGUCUUCAGUACAAGGACUUGCGGGUGGGGGAUGGCCCUACACCGAAGAUGGGAGAUACAGUUGUGGUUGAUUGGGAUGGCUACACUAUAGGGUAUUAUGGCCGCAUAUUUGAAGCUCGAAACAAGACCAAAGGCGGUUCCUUUGUGGGAGAUGACAAAGACUUCUUCAAAUUUAGACUUGGAUCCCAAGAAGUGAUUCCAGCAUUCGAAGAAGCAAUUACAGGAAUGGCUCUGGGUGGUGUUAGAAGGAUCAUAGUUCCACCAGAAUUGGGAUAUCCCGACAAUGACUUCAACAAAAGUGGCCCCAAACCAACAACCUUCUCGGGUCAACGAGCUUUGGAUUUUGUGCUAAGGAACCAAGGGCUUAUAGAUAAGACUCUACUGUUUGAUAUUGAACUCCUCAAAAUCAUUCCGAAUUGAUUUUGGCUCAAAGAUCAUAAUGGUCUAAACAUUUAGAGACUGAAAUUAUGUUUUGAGGGAAGUUUUCUCAUACUGUUAAAAGUACUGGGAAUUGAAGUCGGCCAUGGAGUGAAAAUAUUGGAUAACAUUGAGCAAAGAAUGUGAAGGAUCUGUUCAAAGAAAGCAGUGUGGCCAUGUCUCAUUUCAUUAAAUUCUAGCUAUUCUUGAAAUAAAGAAUCUCUGCAAUUUUUUGUUUUCGUUUUUAUAUCUUCCCAGCUGAAACAUGAUGGUGUGGAAAAAGAUGUGGUUGUCCACUCUGUUCAAAGUUUGUUAUGAUCCAAAUCCUCAUUUCAGUGUAAAAAAGUUUUGUAGCCAUCGUGUAUUGUAACAUGGAUUUGUAUUGUUCCCUUUGCUGGUAAUUAAAAGUUCUUGUGUUCUCUACA